AUGACUGUUCCAAACAAUGCUCGCUUCGACUUCAUUAUCAUGGGUGGAGGGACUGCUGGUAAUACCGUCGCCGGCCGUCUUGCUGAGAAUCCGAAUGUCCGCAUUCUUGUGUUAGAGGCUGGCGUUGCCGAUGCGAAGGAUAACGAGAGGAUCCGGACUCCUGCGGAAGCCAUGCAGCUCAGAAACAGCGAGUACGACUGGGCCUUUAAAACAACCAUCGUCAAACGCGACGACUACGAGCGUGUUGAGAAACCCAAUACUCGCGGAAAGGUCCUUGGAGGUAGUUCAUCAUUGAAUUACUUUACCUGGGCUCCAGGUUCCAAGGGGACCUUCGACAUGUGGGAGGAAUAUGGAGGAAAAGAAUGGACUUGGGACCCCCUUGUUCACUACCUUCGAAAGGCUGUCACGUACUACGAUGAUGAGAAUGCAUAUUCCCCAGAGAUGAAGAAGAUCGGUGGUGGUGGUCCGAUUCCGAUCUCUCACUCUGAGCUUAUACCAGAAAUGCAACCCUUCCGCGACCUUCUUACCAAGGCCUGGAAGUCUACUGGCCAGCCAAUCACCGAAAACAUAUUCGAUGGCGAAAUGCUCGGUCUCACUCAAAGUGUGAACACUAUCUACCAGGGCCGUCGCUCAGGUAGUUUCCUGGCUGUCGCGGACAAGCCAAACAUUACUAUCCUGGCAGAAGUGCAUUCGAAAGUGCUCCUCUUUGAAGAAGCGACCCGUACCUGUAAGGGAGUGACUGUCAUCACAGCCACAGGGGAAGAGCUGAGCUUUUUCGCGACACGCGAAGUCAUCGUUUCAGAAGGUGUAUUCGAAACGCCAAAGCUGCUCAUGCUGAGUGGUAUCGGUCCAAAGAGAGAGCUAGACAAGCACGGAAUUCCGAUCAUAGUGGAAUCGCCUUGGGUGGGCCAGAAUCUCUUGGAUCAUCCCGGAGUGCCAUUUGUCCUUCGUGUAAAGGACGAGUUUGGUAUGGACGACCACGUUCUACGCAAAGGAACCGUGGGCCACGAUCAAGCUUUGAAGGCUUAUGGCAACGGCCAUGGAGGGCCUAUGGGAUCUGGAUUCCUCGAAAUGGUUGGCUUUCCUCGCAUUGACAAAUAUCUGGAAAAGUCUCCGGAAUACCGCGCCGCGAAGGCUUCCAACAAUGGACGCGAUCCAUUCUGUCCGUACGGACAACCACAUUUCGAGCUCGACUUUGUCUGCUUGUUUGGAAGCGCUUUCCAGUGGCAUUACCCUACGCCACCCACGGGGAGCCAUAUCACGGUGAUGGUAGAUCUUGUCCGCCCUGUGUCCGACCCUGGCGAGGUCACACUGAACAGCACCGAUCCUCUGCAACAAGCGAACAUCAACCUGAAUUACUUCAACAAUGACCUUGAUAUUAUUGCUAUCAGAGAGGGAAUCAGAUACGCCUACGAUAUCUUGAAGCAUGGGGAUGGAUUCAAGGACGUCAUCCUCAACGAGUAUCCCUGGGAGAUGCCAUUACACGACGACGAGCUGAUGAAGCACGCCGUACUCGACCGCUCUCAAACAUCGUUUCACCCUUGUGGAACUGCUCGUCUUUCCAAGUGUAUCGAGCAGGGAGUUGUGGAUCCAGCUCUUAGGGUUCACGGUAUCCAGAACCUUCGUGUUAUCGACGCAUCCUGCAUCCCUGUGAUCCCUGAUUGUCGAAUUCAAAACUCCGUCUACAUGGUCGCUGAGAAGGGUGCCGACCUGAUCAAGCAGGAUCACAAGGACAUAUACCACUCUUAA